GUGCGCAUGCGCCAGGCCGUGACGUGUCCACAGAGUGUCAGGCAGGGGAUGUGAGAAUGAGCGAGGACUCCGGGGAUAAACUUGUCUGCUGAGGUGCGGAGGCUCGGAGCGACGCCGUGGAGGAUUUAGCAACAGCUCUCAGUCGUAGGUGGAGGUUUGACUUAGUUACCGCUGCGCUUCAGCUCAGCAAAGUCUCUUCAACUCACUUUUAUUUCCGCGACAUUGACCGUUGAGCUAAGUCCGCUAGCCACAGUUGAGCUAACCACAGUCGGUAAUCUGAGCUGAACAAUAGCACGGUCACCGGGUUUAGCUAACAUUAACAUGUAAUCGAUGUGGCCGUUGCUCGCUAGCCUUUUAGCUUAGUUUAACCGUCCACCUCUCGUUAGCUUAGCGUGUAGCCCGGUGUCCAGUCCGUUAGCCGGCAGCAGGAGUGACAGGAGAGGAAGAUGUCCCGGAGGAGACUGGACAGUCGCAGCGGACUCUCCGCAGGUCUGCUCGGAGAAACCCAGACCCCGAUCAGCACGGAGCCCCUGGACAGUGUAUAUGAAGUCACCGGAGAGCUGGGGAGGGGGAAGUUUGCAGUGGUCAGGCGCUGUGUGGAGAAGGCCUCAGGCAAAGUGUUUGCUGCUAAAUUCCUUCGGAAAAGGAGGAGAGGCCGCGACUGCCGGGCUGAUGUCAUUCACGAGAUGGCCGUCCUGGAGAUGGCCCGUAACAAUGCUCGAGUGGUCAAACUGCUUGCUGCGUAUGAGACGGAUCACGACAUCGUCUUAGUGCUGGAAUAUGCGGCAGGUGGAGAGAUAUUUGAUCACUGUGUGUCUGAGGAGCUGCUGCCAGAGGUACAGAUCACCAGACUGAUCAGGCAAACACUGGAGGGAGUCCACCACCUCCACCAGAGAAACCUGGUGCACUUAGACCUCAAGCCACAGAAUAUUCUCCUGACCAGCCUGUCCCCUCCAGGGGAUAUAAAGAUCGUGGACUUUGGCCUGGCACGUAGAUUGGGUGCGGUUGGAGAGCUCAGAGAGAUUCUUGGCACACCUGAAUAUGUGGCUCCAGAGAUUCUGAAUUAUGAGCCAAUCACAACAGCGACCGACCUGUGGAGUGUGGGCGUUAUAGCUUACAUGCUGGUGACGGGUGAGUCGCCGUUUGUCGGCGACGACAAGCAGGAGACGUAUCUGAACGUGUCCCAGGUGAACGUGGACUACAGCAGGGAGGCCUUUUCCAGGGUGUCUGAGCUGGCUGUGGACUUCAUCCGCAAGCUGCUGGUCAAAACACCAGAGGACCGGCCCAGUGCUGCAGAGUGUAUGAGCCACCCGUGGUUGUGGCAGCUGUGUCUGAGCCCCGACCCCACCGCCGUCAGCCGCACCAUCCGCGAGAGGACCUGUGGCACCAAGUGUGCAGCGCCAUCCGAAGACAAGGAGAACUUCCUGGAGUCCCCACACUCGCAUGCAAAGAGGUUUCGCUUUGACGAGGAACCAUCCGCCCCUGGGGAUGGUGACUUUUGAAAAAGUAAAAUUGGAGGAAUCGAAGGCGGGGGUGCCCACCUCUUCCUCUGAGUUUUUUAAUUAUUUUAAGCCCCCACACCAGCAGCCGUAUGCUGCCCCCCACUCAAGAGUAUUUAGGUUGUGUUCAUAUCUCACUAAUUUGCAAAAUUCCAAGAUCAACCACUCAAACCAAAGAUAACCAGCUAUAUUUUGAGAUCUAUCACUGAUGCUGUUAAAAGUGAAAAUGUACAUGUCUAUUAAUGCAGUGUGUUUAACCUAAAGUAUUUAAUUCUUUUCAUUGUUCAGAUCUUUACUAUUUUCAAGGGCUGCAUGAGCCGGCUCUAUGUUUAUCUGUCCCUUUACUGAUGAAGGCCAGUCAUUCUAGGGAAAUCUAUGCAAUACUUCUGUUGUAUAGUUAAAACCUUUUUUAAAAACCUUUGAGAAGUUAGCUGCACUCUGCCUUAAGGUGGGAUGUGAAGUGUUCUUAUUCCAGCUAUUGUUAGUGGCACUUGAGCAGAAAUGUGUGAUAUAGAGAGAAGAACCUCUGCAGGCAGGAAGUGUGAUCGUGUCCUCAUUUGCAUGUGGGUGCCGAUGGACAGCAGUGUCAUGGGAAAUCAGGUUGAGUUUAAAAGACUCACACUGGCCACUGUCAUUUUUUUGAGAAGACACUGCUGUCCAUGUCACUCACUUCCCCGCAGCACUUCCACUUGAAUAACAACCAGCAGAAGGACACAAUCACACACAAGCAUAUAACAUUCCUAUUAUGUUUGCCUUGUCCCCCGAUGUUAAACUUUCAUGUUCUCCAUGUCUGCUCCAGAUGAAGGGUUCAAAUUAGCUCAGGGCUUCAGAUACAACUCAUUUUAAUAACUGGAACCAUAAUGUAGCCCCCUUCCACAGAACCCGGAGACCUCCACAUUCAGUCUUAAUCUUGUAUUCAGGUUAAUCUGGUAGAAACAAAUCAUUGUACUGUUGGAAUCAUUCUUUAUCCUCCCUCAGUAACAUAAGGCUGCUCUGGCUCAAUAUAAAACUAAUGAGUCAUUCCCAUGCCACGCCCAAACUUACUCGGAUGAUUUCCUCAGUAAGGCAGGAGAGAAACACGACUUCAGCACUUAGCUUCACGAGCACACGUUCAGAACUGAUAAGCACAACAGGAGCUAUUUCUGAAGGUUUGUCUGAUUAUGUGUCCUUGACAGGUUCAUUGUCUUUGAAUCCCUCACCAAAGCCAUUCCGUCUGCUUACACGGCGUCAGCAUUACAAGCUACUCUCGUCCCCCUGGGUCAGGUGAUUUGUUCCUGGUGUUUUCAUCUCAGGGCAUGCUGCUCACUCUCUGCUCACUUUGUUUUCUUUUCCUAACAUUAUUCUUGUAGGCCUAUGAUAAAAAAUAAUAAUUAUUAUUUAUGUGUUGGACUUAUAUUUUUAUGUAAAUAAUGUGCUCACAUGUGUUUUAAGAAGGAUUCUGGGGGGAGUCGAGUGGUUUUGAACGAUUCUGGUGUUAUUUAAAACAAGAUGCUGUUGUGGUUACAGUAUAAUGACUCAUAAAUGUUGGACUGCAGCGAAUUGGAAAGUUGAAAGUAAAGAUUAGUUUUCAGGUGGUACUAGGAAGUAAGGAAGGAUGAGUCAGGUGGUUUUAGUCAAAAGAAGGUGAUGAAAUAUUUUGAGAAGUGCAUGUCUUGAACGAAACAUGUAAUGGAGCAGUUUUUGACAAAUGGGACAUCUGACUAUUUCCCAAAAUGUCGAACUGUUUGUUUUGAUGUUGGCUUUUGAGAUUUGUAGGCAUGAAAGACUUGUAGGACUGAUGCUAUGUUUUAAAAAACGGAGAUGGAUGUUUGUCUCAAGAAGUGAAACAGACACACUGUAUCACGUGAAAUAUGAGGCACUUACUUGGAAGUGGCUGCCAAAAGAGUAACUGUAAUGUCAUAAUAUUUAAUGCUGUUCACUCACAGGAAGUGCCAUCUUUUGUUCAAGUGAUACUUGAAUGAAAAAAAAACCAUCCACCACCUCUAUAGUGCAGCACCAGCAACUGUGAUUGCUGUUAACCUCCAAACAUUCCUCCUGUAGUUGCGAGGUGCCAAACGGAAUAAGUCCAUGUUGUAUUUGUUUGUUGUUGUCACCAGCUGAGACAAAGGCCUUUGUGCGGGAGAUGGGCGUCUCCAGCCACAACCAUGCUCUCAUCUUCAUGAUGUCAUCCUUUCAAACUGGAACACCACACUGUAAAAGAUGUUUUCUUCUCAAUAAGAUUCAACCUGAGUGAGCAGUUUCGACUCCAAACCAGCUUCAUACUGUCAGACUAUGGAAGCAGGAGAUGCCACAUUGUCUCUUUUUACACUGUAUAAAGAAAUAAGCUUGGAUUUGACUUCAUCUCAAGAGUGACAUCUUUAAGUCUGGUCACAUGUUUCUACCUAAUACUGUAUCUAGACGUGCAAUAGCACCUUAAAAAUCUCAAUUCAGGCUGAUUAUGAAAGUUUCUCAAGUGUUUACUUUGAAAAGGAAACUUCCAAACUCAGUUGCACAGAAACGAAUGAAGCUGCUUUUCCUGUUGCACCAGAGUCUGUAACAACCAGAUGAAGUUGACAGAUCUGCAGAGAGGAUGGACUUGUUUUGCAAUGCAGUGAUGUCAGGGAUCUCUCUGCAGGAUGACGAAAUGCGUGAACGGGUCGGACACAAGUGGCUCGUGUUUGCCGGAGUUGUUUAUCUGUCACUUGAACAUGACUUAUGCUGUGGUGUAGGUUUUUGUACAGCUAUUGUACUGUUAUUUCCAGCAGCUAGUCACCCGGUGGCCUCGGUGCCUGAGUGCUCAUCGUGUGAACGGGAGGUGCUCAGCUGGCGGUCCUGAGCUACCACUGAUGUCACCCAACACUUGUGUCUUUUCUGUAACUGCAGCCAGACUGAAGGUCACUGUAGACUUAAGUCAAACCAGCCACAAGCACAAGCAAAUACAUGUUUGAGAUGUUUGUUUAUUUUGCAUUUUAUAUAUAUUUUUAAUGUAUGAGCAUUCUGAUUGCAUCUGAAAUGACUAAAAGAAAAGACAUAAUCUGUGUUAUAUUCUGAUCAACUGCAGGCUAAUAUGUAGGCAUUGCAAAACAAACUGAAAAAGCUCAUUAAAGAUUGUAGAAAAUA